AUGGGAGCAAUACUUGUGUUUAUGGUGACCUUGGGGUUCACUUCGGUGAGGUUCAAUGUUUAUGUCCUUGAUACACCAUUGACUGAAGGACAAGACCCAAACUCAAAGGUGGUAGGACAAGUACAAGGACUUUCGGUGUCUGCAGGGCAGGACAAGACCAUGCUUGUGUUCAUGGCGGACUUUGAGUUUACUUCCUGUGAGUUCAAUGGUAGUUCUAUUAGUGUAUUGUCAAGAAACCCAAUAUUGGAAACAGAUAGGGAACUUGCUAUUGUUGGUGGCCGUGGGAAGUUUAGGAUGGCACGUGGAUUUGCUAAUCUACAUACAAAUUAUAUGAAUGCUACUUCAAGUGUUGUUAUUGUUGAAUAUAAUGUUACUAUUUUUCACUAUGAAUAA